CUCGAAUUUGCCUGGUCGCUUGUCAUCUCCGUGCUUAUGCAGACUGCCUUUCGAGCCUUUCGGUCUCGCCCUGCCUUGUUCCGGCAGCAGUUUCCUGCCAAGCCCAGCUUUGCUUCCCCAACUGAGCCUUCUUCUCAUCGUCCUGCUCAACUCUUCGCACUGUUUGCCCUCCACUCCUCUCUCUCUUUCUCGCUCUAGUACCUCCACCAAUUUUGCUCAUGGCGUACUCUCCUGGCCCGACAUCCCCGGUCCACGGGAACGGGGCGCCCAUGAUGGCAAAUAACUUACAAUCUAGAGGCCGCUCCACCAGUCCUCCGACCAGCGUGCCGCUGUCGAAACGGGACAAACGACGCAGCGCGCUCCAGGAGCGCCUUAAUGACCUCACGGCCUCGUUCAGCCAAAACAGAGAUACCCAGUUUCGUCAGCAAUUGCAUGCCCUCCAAUGCGACAUGACCCUCAUUAACAAUGCCGAUCCUUACGAGCCUGGCCCUCUCCCCGAUUCGGCGGAGGAUAUCGCCCGCCUUAUCGAGAAUACCGUCGGUGGGGGCAAGUUCGCUAAGGAGAUGGCGAGUUUGGCCGGCAUGUGGUAUUCGCGCUUCGUGCAGGAGGUAAAUCAGGUUAAAGCGGAGAAGGAUGCGGAUUUGGCUAUGUUGGUGCAUCGUCACAAUCACAAUCUCGAACGGUUCAAGCAGGAGUAUGCGUUUCGGGUACACUUCGCAGAGGAAGAAUACAAUAACUUGUCGCUUACCCUUCGGGAGCGUCUUGUUCAAACGAUUUCGGGCAAGAGGGCUCGCUUGAUGCGAGAAAAAGAGCAGUUGGAUCUGGCUGAUACCAAUGCACUUCUCCUGCACCCCAAUCAGUUUAGCAUCACCAACCCGGCCAGUCCGGGUGGGAUCCACGGAAACCGCAAGACCCGUCACACCCGCCACCGCGUCGACUUGGACGAGCUCGGCAAUGGGAUCAUGUCGGAGCAUUUCAAUAAGCGCAAGAGAAAGGCGGCCGAUGAGGAUGUGGGCUCGCCUGUGCGCGAGACCAACCCCGCCGAGCGCGCCAAGGCCCAGGCGGCGGCGCAGCAGCAAGCGCCGUCCUACUCCAUCAAUUCUCUCUUCACGGAGAGGGAGCUUGGUGCCCAUGCCAAUGCUGCACACAUUGCGACGGUUCACUUCUUCUCGACGUCCAAGCGUGCGGACCAGCCGUCCGGAGCGGCUACAAACGGUAACAACACCGAUGCCGACGACGGUUCGGGGGUGGACGGGACGGGUGCCGAGGACAAUGGCACUCCUGCGGCCGAUAUGGCUCGCACAGCCAGUCAGAACUUCCACGCCACGCGAUCCACGAGGACGCAUGGUAACCAUGCUUUGAACGCGCUGGCGGAGCUGUCAGACAAGCCCGCGGUGCGCCCUAGCCUCCCGUACAAUAUCCUGGCCAACUACCACGCGCGUUCAAGCAACAGCGGCGCGCCUCCUCUGCCUCCUUUAAUGAACGAGGAAGUCGAUGACGACUGGGCGCGCAUCGACCGGUUGCACAACAAGCCUGCAGGAUUUGUGGAUCGCACGCUCGUUCAGCUCUUAGUUGAGACCAUCCCCUCAGACGUGGACGGAGUGCCGCAGGAUCCUAAUCGGUUUAACAUGCUACAUCCCGACUUCCCCACCGAAAUGGGCAUGCAUCUAUAUCCUUUACGGAAGGAUAAUGGCGAAGUAACAAGCAACGAGCGUUCAACAAAGAAAACCAAAACGGGCUAGCCAUGUAGCCUAUGCCUAUUUUUGCGG